CCCGAAGGGUUGGCAACACUUUUUGUAGACAGUAAAAAAAACGUAAUUUGUAGAAGGUGAAGAACAAUUCGCAUCCAGGACGACGGAGUAUCCUUCCGGAGUGUGAUGCAUUAAUGCUAAAGUCGAUAAGCGGAGGCGUUGGCGUGGCAUCCACGGAAAGAGGCGGCGGGGGAGGAGCUGACCGGGAUCGAGACAGGGACAGAGGAUUAGCCAAUAACAGUGGCGGGAGCACUCCCGCCGGAAUCCUUUAUUGCCCCGCCUGUGUGGCAGCUGCCAAUCAGCAUAAUCCUAGCCAGAACUCGAGUCCCCAGCACGAGGGCUUCUUCUCGCGCAGCUCCUCCAAGUCAAGCAAAAGGAACAAGGCCAGAAAGAGCGCCUCCACCGCCGGCUGCUUAGACGCCCAGCACAUUCGGACCAAUCUCCGGAUGUCCAUGUCCAGUUCUAUGAGGAGUACUAGGGGCCACGGAGCAGGCUCCUCGACUUCGCAUCCUCCAGGCAGCAGCUGUAGCAACGGAUCCGGAGGAUUCGGAUGCGGACUGGCCUAUGACGUGGCCAGCAAUGCCAGCAGUGGAAGUGGCAGUGGGAGUGGAAAGGUCGCCUCCCCGGGGAGUUACAGCUGCAAUGCCCUCAAUGUGGACUUUACAUCCUACACGGCCACUCAUCAGUGGACCCGUAUGCUCGAGUGCGCCGAGUUUGUGGGAGCCAAACGGAGCAAGCACACGGUAGUGGCGUACAAGGAUGCAAUGUUCGUGUUCGGUGGUGACAAUGGCAAGAAUAUGCUAAACGAUCUGAUCCGCUUUGGCGUUAAGGACAAGUCGUGGGGUCGCGCAUGUGCCACAGGAACUCCACCUGCUCCGAGAUACCAUCACUCGGCGGUGGUGGCUUGCAGCUCAAUGUUCAUCUUUGGGGGCUACACCGGCGACAUUCAUUCCAACUCGAACUUGACCAACAAGAACGAUCUGUUCGAGUACAAGUUCCAGAGUGCCAUGUGGGUGGAGUGGAAGUUCUCCGGACGACAGCCGGUUCCGCGAUCUGCGCACGGAGCAGCCGUGUAUGACAACAAGAUGUGGAUCUAUGCGGGCUACGAUGGCAAUGCGCGGCUUAACGACAUGUGGACACUGAACCUUACUGGAGAAAAUCACCAGUGGGAGGAAGUUGACCAGUUGGGCGAUCGCCCGCCUACGUGCUGCAAUUUCCCCGUGGCUGUGGCCAGAGACGCAAUGUACGUUUUUUCGGGACAAAGUGGCUUGCAGAUUACCAAUUCGCUAUUUGAAUUCCACUUUAAGACGCGAACUUGGCGCCGCAUUUCCAAUGAACCCGUCUUACGAGGCGCUACCUCAGCUCCGCCCUCGCGAAGAUAUGGGCACACGAUGGUGCAUCAUGAUCGCUUCUUGUAUGUCUUCGGGGGAUCGGCGGACUCGACGCUGCCCAACGAUCUGCACUGCUACGACUUGGACUCGCAGGUGUGGUCCGUCAUCCUGCCGGAACAGAACUCGGAUGUGCCCUCGGGAAGAGUGUUCCAUGCCUCGGCCGUCAUCUGCGAUGCCAUGUAUAUUUUCGGCGGAACUGUGGACAAUAGUGUAAGGAGAGGAGACACCUAUCGUUUCCAGUUUUCCUCGUACCCGAAGUGCACGCUGCGUGAUGACUUCGGUAAGUUCUUUCUAGACAAACAGUUCUGCGACAUUCAAUUUAUCGUUGGAGCGGAGGAGAUUCGCAUACUGGCCCACAUCGCCUUUGUGGCAGCGCGUUCGAAGUACUUGAGAAACAAAAUAUUAGCUGCCCGGGAAGCCCGCCAGCAGCAGAUGGAGAAGGUCUAUGGGGUGGGACAGGUGGAUGCACUGGCCCUGAACACGGGCGUGGGCGGGGACCGCGGACCCAUGUUGGAGGUGCGACUGGCCCACGCUUCCCCCGAGGCCUUUGACAUCAUACUGAACUACAUUUACACCGAUCGAAUAGAUUUAAAAGAUACGUAUAGCAAGAACAUCAUCAUUCUGAUCACGGAUAUCUACCAACUGGCCGGAUUAUUUACGAUGCCGCGGCUGGCCCACGGCUGUAUCCAGUAUUUGGACUACAAGAUCAACAAGAUUAACGUUUUGGAGGCACUCUAUAAUGCAGACAAAAGCAACAUUAAGAUCAUUAAAGAUCACUGCAUGCAGUUCAUCAUCAAGGAUGAGAACUACCCCGAGGUGGUCAUGUCCAGCGAGUUCAGCGAUUUGGACAAGUCCUUGCUGGUGGAGAUCAUCCGCAAACGUCUGCAUCCCAGCAAGGUUGUAAUAGACACUAGCUAUGAAGCCAAUAUAGGAACCACUUUGGAGAUUGACCUGUGCGCAUUUUUGGAGUCAACUGGCAACGAUUUUUGCGAUAUAAGCCUCGUCCUAGAGGAUCAUGUGAUACCAGCCCACAAGUCGGUGUUAUCAUCACGUUGUACUUACUUUCAGGGCAUGUUCCGAUCUUUUAUGCCACCGGAUAACACGGUCAACAUCCAAAUUGGAGAAAUUUCACCAUCGCUUGAGGCGUUUCACUCCCUGCUGCGCUACAUUUACUACGGCGAAACGAAAAUGCCGCCUCAGGAUGCACUUUAUCUCUUCCAGGCACCCUGUUUUUACGGAUUGGCUAACAAUCGGCUCCACGCGUUCUGCAAAUACUCCCUGGAGCACAACAUUACCUUUGAAAAUGUGCUACAGACCCUGGAGGCUUCGGACAUCACAAAGAUCUAUGACAUUAAGGAGUACGCUCUCAAGCUGAUCGUCAAAGAUUUUGCCAAGGUUGCAAGGCUGCCGAAGAUUGCCGGUUUGUCGCGCGAACUGUUGCUGGAGAUCAUACGCGCUGUGGCCGAUUCGCACGGCGAGUUUCUUACGCGGAUCAAUAUCAAUACAGAUAUCUGAAAACUGGUGUUGCUCCAGCCGGCAUUGCAGUUGUUGCUCGCCUGGUUGCAAAUCGGACGUAGCACGUAAUGCGGCAGUAGCGGUUGGCAGCGCCGAACGAAAUCCAUUUAAUAUUAACCGAUCCAUCCCCAUCAAUCCUCCUCUGCAUUUGGUCAGCGAUCCUUACAUAUUCCGAUCUUACAAAACGGUCUCUUAAGGAGACUGCACCAGGAUGAGUGAGAGGGAGCGAUAGCUACAUAACGAGAUGUAUUCCUAUUCUUUAGUUGGUGGUAGACGGAUCUCAGCAGCAUCGCUUUGUCCGAAUUGCUUCAAACGGUGCAUCGCUAAUUCUGUAGGUGCAGCUUAUUGAACGCCCACAACCAGCUGUAUAUAUAUAUAUAUAUAUAUAUUAACCGACAAUGCACCUUCAAUCAAAUCAAACAAAAACGCUUUGGAAAAAAGCCCAACCAAUCGCCAAUUAUACUUCUAUGAAAGGUGAAACAAACUUCAUCUGAGUUUUGCUAAAACAUUUGUUUCACAACAUAACUUGAUUUUGGUUAAGAAAUUUAGUUCGAGCCAGAGAGAUGCAAACUCUUUCCGCCUAUCAAAGCUGGCCAAAGGAACUUUACAAAAAGAAGGAAUAUGGUGCCUCUGCUUUAACAAGAUGAUUCUUAAUACAAUUACUUUUUCAGAAAACAAACAAAAGUCCUUAACUUGAA